GCGGUGCCGCGCGGCAGGGCCUUUACUCCCGUCAAUUCAGUCGUACUCCAACGGCGCUCGCGCUACGGGUGCUCGUGUCGUUGAUUGUGCACAGUGUGGAACUACUCGCGUUCGAGGAGCGUCCCACGUUCCCGGGAGAGACGCGAGUCCGCGAGGGUCAUAGCUGCGUUAGCGGCGCGCUCGCACGCGGUCGACUCGACGGUAACACCCAGGCAUCCUCGUGACCGAGGUAUCCCCGGAGGACGUCGACGCGCGUCAAACGCGUAGGUGGCAAAGGUGGAGGAGCGUCCAUCGCGACUUGGAGGCUCGCGGGCACGCGACAUGACGCAACGCGGCCGCCAGCGAAUCGAUUGAACGCCGAAAAGCGGGAAAGCGAAACCGGCCUCAGUCGCGAAGUCGACCGCCGAUCGAUGAGAAUCCGAGCCUGACUGCGCUGAGGAAAACGAACGUGCGAAUCUACUUUCCUCUCCGCCGGCACCGCGCGCACAGCAUCUCGUUCUCACACUGAUAACGCACUUGCGAUAACGUACGUUCGCGGCGAGCAGCGAAAAUGGCCCUCUUCCGGAAGUUCAACGAGAAGAUCCCUCGAAGAGGAAUCUUGGGAGCGAUGAUGUUCCUGGCUUGUAUGUUCUCUUACGUCAUUCGUACCAAUUUAUCCAUAACUAUUGUCGCCAUGGUAAACACUACAAGCAAAGACGGUGGCGUCGGGCCAGCAUGCACGGUGGCGGAUAUGAACAGCAAUAAAACUGUCGUGAUCAAAGACUUUGGGGAACGUUACGAAUGGAAUCAACAUAUCCAAGGACUGUUACUAUCAGGCUACUUUUACGGUGUCCUGCCGGCUAGUGUACCAGCUGGUCUCCUAGCCGAAAAAUACGGAGGCUCUAAAGUUGUAGCAUUCGCUACAUUGAUACCCGCAGUGUUAAAUCUUCUGAUGCCUUGGGCUGCUACUGUUCACUACGGCUUUGUUUUUGCACUUCGCUUCGUAAUGGGAUUUUUCGGAGGCGCCGUUUAUCCCGCUCUCCAUGCGAUGAUUGCUAGGUGGGUACCUCCUGGUGAGAAAGGCAUGUUUGUGUGGACUAUGCAAGGUGGUCCAUUUGGAACUGUGGUUACAUUUGCUUUGUGUGGCGCGGUAAUCAGUGCUUACGGAUGGAAAGCUGCGUUUUACGUUACAAGCGCGCUUAUGUUAGUUUUUUAUGCCUUGUGGGUAUUUCUAAUAUACGAUACACCGGAGUCGCAUCCUGGUAUCACGGAGAAGGAGAAAGCGUACAUAAAGGAACAAAUAGGCACGACCGUCUCAAAACAAAAGGUCCAGUUACCGGUGAAAGCGGUCGCUACAUCUCCACCGUUCCUAGUGCUACUAUGGGCCCACUUUGCAAAUAUGUGGGGUAUUUAUUUCAUCGCUACAAACGGACCUAAAUACACAUUGGAAGUCCUUGGUUUCAACAUGAAAUCGGGUGGCGCAAUAACUGGAUUACCUUAUAUAGCUAGACUAGGCGCUGGAGUGUUAUUCGCAGCAGCGGGCGAUUAUGUGCGAAGAAAGAAUUUCUUAUCUUUAGGCUUGAUAAGGAAGAUAUUUAUGAUUUUCUCUCACUUGGGACCUGCAGUUUGUCUGAUAGUGAUGACGUACGUGGGUUGCGAUGCCACGGGUGCGAUAAUAAUGUUAAUACUGGCGUUGACUUUCAAUGGGGCCGCCUGCCAGACUAGCUUACAGAAUCAUCAAGACUUGGCACCGAACUAUGCCGGUUCUUUAUACGGAAUUAUGAAUACAUUUGGCAGUUUCCCCGGAUUUAUCAUUCCACCUAUUAUUGGUGCUUUGACAAAUGAAAGAAACGGUGUGGAAGAAUGGCGUAUAAUGUUUUGGAUAUCGGCGGUAGUAUUUAUAUCGGCAACGAUCCUCUUUUGGCUAUUUGGAUCUGCUGAAAUUCAACCGUGGAACGAUUCGAGUCACACUAAAGUACCUACUAUUUCCGAAGAGGAGAAGCGGAUAAACGAAACGACGACGAAAGAUGGGGUUGAUACGGAAACCGAAGAAAAUGAACGUCUCUAAUGAUUUAGAAGAUGAAAUAACAUGAAAAAAAUGUAUGUAUUUAUGUCUGUACAAAAAUUACUAGUUCAAUGUCGAGAAGAGAAUCUAAGAGAAUCUAAAUUGCUGCAAAAUUUGACCUCUCUGUUAAAAUGUCAUACUUUAUAUACAGACCAACGUUUGUACAGCUUCUAAUUGUUAAUGCGUAGAAGGAUAAUCGUUAGAUUAUUAAUAUAACGCAAUUUGAAAUCGGAGAAUGGAUGUACAGAAUAUUCGAUAUAGAAUAUUCAAUUGUAUUAUAAUACAUUUAGAAUAUUCACGUGCUCCAGUUACAGAUACACGUUGCUAGAAUAUCACGACAUACUUUUUGUCUUAAUCCGAUUAAUUUUUUUAGAUGUGAAGUUACUUUCUCACGCUCUUUAUUUUUUACUGUUACCAUAUAAGACUGUGGGAGUUAAAACUUAGAUUUUGUACACUUUGCGUAAUUUUCAAGCGUCUCGAAUAUUUAAGUAUUUAUAUGAUAUUACGCUUUUGUCAUUUUCAUACAUUCGAGAGUGUCACGGUCGUGAUCAUCAUAUACCUUAGUGAGGGCUAUAGAACGUGGUAUUCAAACAAUGUAAUGUAUCAAAAUGUAAGAAUACUCUGUAGUGCAUUUUUUAUUUCGUGCCAAAGUACACGUAUGCUGCUCUCAUUAAACACUCGAGGAAACUGACGUUAUAUCUAAUGCUAGGUUGAAGAACCUUGGCAUUGUCUUCGGGCCAAUAAACGGUCGAGGUUACUCGAUAUUAUAAAUACGUUACGAUAGGUACAUUUAAUCGUUAUAUAUAAUAUAUUUCUUGUUAUACGUAAUAGACUCUUUUUUGCGAAGCGAACUUUCAUAACUGUGAUAUAUAUUGGCAGUAAUUUACGCACAGCAAUUUAACCGCGGUAUCUGAUCUAUAGUCUCGAUUGUCUGAUGGCUGGAUCAUGUGCCAUUUCAAAGCAUCUCAAAUAAAUAUGAAAUACAUUGAAUACCAAAUCUCGCUUUACGCAAUAAUUACGUGAAUCCUAUUAGCGUAUAACAAGAAAUCUUUAUAUAUACGCUUCCCGUCGUUUACGAGCGCUCAAAUGUGUACAAAUGUGUAGUUUUAUAGCGAUAAAAGCAACUCGUCUUCUAAUUUUCAUUUAUGAAAUGCAUCCGUGAAAGAGGCGACAAUAUCGAGGUCGAAUCCUUUGCAUCUAGAGAAAGACAUUGCGCUCGUGAAUAAGCGGAGAAGAAAUGCAUUACGUUCGUAGAUCGUGAGAAGUGUUACUCGUACAAUCGUACGUUAGAAAUACGUUAGAAAUUGUACGCUUGCACUGUAGAAAAGUAAGAAGUACUAAAUGUGUUGUUCCUACUUUUUUGGAAAAGACGAUCAUUGUUCAAGUCGAAUUUUCGACGCAAUAUCCACCGUGCUGUCAAUAUUAACGUUACGAAUUACGUUAAAAUCUGUAUCAAGUAUUUAGCAAUAAUAUUUGUUGCGGGUGUCAAUUGUGAAACACGAUACAUGAAGAUUACAACUCGCUGAUGUUCUAGGUAAAUAAAUCUUAGCGCAUGUAAAUGUGCGCCAUAAUAUUAUCAAUUGUUAAGUUGUAUACAAACGCGCAUACUUUAUUUAUAUGAUAAUAAUACAUAUCUUCUCAAAUCAUUACACUUUUCAUAUUUUUGUCUUCGUAUACUUUAAGUCAUGACAGCAUUUGUUUUAUGAAUUUCACACGGUGAAUUGUAGCGGAUGUACGCAUAUAAGGAAUAAACGAAUAUAUUUUGUGCGAUUUCAUUGCAUAGUAAUAAAGAAAAUUAUGUAUCCACAA